AAUCAGCCUUAGAUUCUGUCCUUGUUAUGUCAAAAUUGUCACUUUGUUUUUAUUCAAAUCAAAUUAAAUACGAAAUAAGGUAUCAAGUCUCUUGGUUGGAUACUAUUUACCGCAUUUUACCGUCGUACAUUCGAGUCAUUAAAAUUGAUAAGUUGUCAUCGUCAAAAAUUUUCUAACUCAACUCAUUACAUCCCAUAAUGGCUUCGAUGAUGAUCACCAGAAUGUGCAGGGGCCCUACAUUUCAAACUCUGGGUUCCCUUCAGAAAUUAAAUUACGUAAGAACUGCACCCAAAAAUCAAACCUUCGUCAGAUUGUAUGUUUCUGAAGGACGAGAUGCUGCAGCUAGGGCUGCACGUAAACAAACAACUUUAAAAGAGAGAGUCAUGCAACCUACAACAGGAAAACCAUUUGCAAUUGGAGCUGGAGCUCUGGCCGGAGCCUCAGCAUUGGGCAUUGGAGCGUUGUGUUACUAUGGAUUAGGCCUUUCUAGUGAAGUGAGCAUUAUUGACAAUGCUACCGUUUGGCCACAAUACGUUAGAGAUCGAGUUAAAGCAACUUACAUGUAUUUUGGAGGAUCUGUUUGUAUAACUGCUGCAAGUGCCUUGGCUGCAUUUAGAUCUCCAACUAUUAUGAGAUUUGUAACACGAGGAGGUAUUAUGGGUCUGGUGAUGUCCAUGGGGGCAAUGAUUGGAACAGGUAUUUUAUGUCAAAGUAUUCCAUAUAGUAGUGGAUUUGGGGUUAAACAGCUGGCUUGGGUACUACAUACAGCUACUAUGGGUGCUGUUUUAGCUCCUUUAUGUUUUAUGGGUGGUCCUCUUCUGGUUAGAGCUGCUUGGUUAACUGCAGGAGUUGUAGGUGGACUGAGUGCUAUUGCAGUCUGUGCACCGAGUGAUAAGUUUCUUUAUAUGGGAGGACCUUUGGCAAUGGGUCUAGGAGUUGUUUUGGUGUCUUCAAUUGGAUCUAUGUUCUUUUCUCCAGUGAGUGCAUUAGGAGCUGGUUUAUAUUCUGUUUCAAUGUAUGGUGGACUUAUUCUUUUCUCUGGAUUUUUACUAUAUGACACUCAAAGAAUUGUUGCCCAGGCUGAACGAUAUUCUACUACCCCUGAAAUGUAUGGAGCAAAACCUUAUGAUCCUAUCAAUGCGUGUCUUUCUAUCUACAUGGAUACCUUGAACAUCUUUAUAAGAAUAGCUAUGAUUUUAUCUGGAAGUAGUCAGAGAAGAAAGUAAUUUUGUAAAGAAACCUUUGUUUUUGUAAUAUAUGAAAAUGAUUUAUUUUUGUUUUAUUGUUCUGAAAUAUUAGAUCUAUUAACACAGUUUCUCUAAUGUAGUUGUUGAUAGAUUUGAAAAUUAAUAUUUUUGAUAUUGUGAUAGAUUUUAAGAUGCAAGAGGUUCGAAAUGAGAGUUGGGGAAGUGAAUUAGAAUAAGAAGACUAUUUAUUUCAUAAUUUAUUCAAGCUCUGUUUAAUCUAAGUGAUGAAAUUUUCAUUAUAAUAAAUAACAUUUUACAGUAGA